AAACGGACAUGUUGGAGCCCCGCGCUGCCGCCGCUUCCCAUCCCUCCUCCGGCGCACGGGACUGAGCAGGGCCCCGCCGCCUCUGCCUGCGCUCGACCGGCCCAGCCUCGCCGCCUCGGCCGCAGCCCCUUCCUGCUCGGCCUCCGCCGUCGUCGCCUCCCGUCCUCCUGCCCCCUACGCCCUAGGGCCCUGCCGGCUCCCGGCCCUACUCAGUCGCGGCUCGAGGUCUAUGUGACCGGCGGGCCCGGAUCAGUCGCCGCCGCAACGCGAACAUGGACGCCGUCAACGCCUUCAACCAGGAGCUCUUCUCACUUAUGGAUAUGAAGCCUCCCAUCUCUAGAGCCAAGAUGAUUCUCAUUACUAAAGCUGCUAUCAAAGCUAUUAAGCUUUAUAAGCACGUUGUUCAAAUAGUAGAAAAGUUCAUCAAAAAGUGUAAGCCAGAGUAUAAGGUUCCAGGCCUGUAUGUCAUCGACUCCAUUGUGAGACAGUCUCGGCACCAGUUUGGAACUGAUAAAGAUGUUUUUGGGCCAAGAUUCUCUAAAAAUAUAACUGCUACAUUCCAGUAUUUAUAUCUUUGUCCAUCUGAAGAUAAGAGUAAAAUAGUUCGUGUGCUAAAUCUUUGGCAAAAAAAUGGAGUGUUCAAAAUUGAAAUUAUUCAGCCUCUUUUGGACAUGGCAGCAGGAACCAGUAAUGCUGCUCCAGUAGCAGAAAACAUCACCAACAAUGAAGGCUCACCUCCACCCCCAGUAAAAGUCUCUUCCGAACUUCCACAAGCUCCCACAAACUCCAUGCCUACUGUAGCACAGCUGCCCAGCUCCGAUGCCUUUGCUGCUGUGGCUCAGCUGUUCCAGACAACUCAAGGCCAACAGCUUCAGCAGAUCCUUCAGACUUUUCAACAACCUCCAAAACCACAGUCUCCCGCCCUUGACAGUGCUGUGAUGGCUCAGGUUCAGGCUAUCACAGCUCAGUUAAAGACAGCUCCUACACAAGCACCUGAGCAAAAAACUGCAUUUGACAAGAAGCUGCUUGAUAGAUUCGAUUAUGACGACGAGCCAGAAGCUGUGGAGGACUCAAAGAAAGAGGAUGCUGCUGCCGUCACCACUGCAGGCCUUGCCACCACUGCACCUCCCGCACCCACUGCAGCCACGCCUGCUGUUGCUCCUGCUGUACCUGCACCCUCUGCUACCUCUCCCCCUCCUCCACAGGCGCCAUUUGGGUACCCUGGAGAUGGCAUGCAGCAGCCAGCAUACACACAGCAUCAAAAUAUGGACCAGUUUCAACCUCGGAUGAUGCCAAUACAGCAGGAUACGAUGCACCAUCAGGUUCCGCUUCCUCCUAAUGGACAGAUGCCAGGAUUUGGGCUUCUCUCUGCACCACCUCCAUUUCCCCCCAUGCCUCAGCCUGCAAUGGCACAGCCGGGGAUGCCUCAGCCUGGAAUGGCUCAGCCUGCCAUGCCACAGCCGGGGAUGCCUCAGCCGGGGAUGCCACAGCCUGGGAUGCCUCAGCCGGGGAUGCCACAGCCUGUGGUGCCUCAGCCUGGAAUGCCUCAGCCUGGAAUGGCUCAGCCUGCCAUGCCACAGCCGGGGAUGCCUCAGCCGGGGAUGCCUCAACCAGGCAUGCCUCCAACUCCACCAGUACAACCAACGUUCCAACCAACUUUUCAGCCACAAAAUGAGUCCCAUUCACAAAAGCCACAUCAGCAGGAAAUGGAAAUAGAGCAGCCUUGUGUUACAGAGGUUAAGCGGCAUGUGCCCGAGAGCAGAAAGUCGAGAUCCAGGUCAGCAUCCAGGUCACCAAAAAGGAGAAGAUCUAGGUCUGGCUCUAGGUCUCGGAGAUCCCGCCACCGUCGCUCUCGGUCUCGGUCCAGGGAUAGGCGCCGACACUCACCUCGCUCUCGAUCUCAAGAAAGACGGGAUCGAGAAAAAGAGAGGGAACGGCGACAGAAAGGCCUCCCUCAGAUCAAGUCAGAAACUGCAAGUGUUUGUAGUACCACACUGUGGGUGGGACAACUGGACAAAAGGACUACUCAGCAGGAUGUUGCCAGUCUCUUAGAAGAGUUUGGUCCAAUUGAAUCAAUUAAUAUGAUUCCUCCCAGGGGUUGUGCCUAUAUCGUUAUGGUUCAUAGACAAGAUGCAUACCGCGCCCUGCAGAAACUGAGCCGAGGAAACUAUAAAGUGAACCAGAAAUCUAUAAAGAUUGCCUGGGCCUUAAACAAAGGAAUAAAGGCUGAUUAUAAACAGUAUUGGGAUGUUGAACUUGGUGUCACUUACAUUCCAUGGGACAAAGUCAAAGCUGAGGAGCUGGAGAGUUUCUGUGAAGGAGGCAUGUUGGAUAGUGACACACUUAACCCAGAUUGGAAAGGCAUCCCCAAGAAGCCUGAAAAUGAAGUUGCCCAAAAUGGAGGUGCCGAAGCCUCCCACACAGAGCCAGUGUCACCCAUACCUAAGCCUGUGCCUGUGCCUGUCCCUCCCAUUCCUGUUCCUGCACCUAUAACAGUGCCACCUCCACAGGUCCCACCACAUCAGCCGGGCCCUCCUGUUGUUGGUGCUCUGCAGCCGCCUGCGUUCACUCCUCCCUUAGGAAUCCCCCCUCCUGGCUAUGGCCCUGGUGUUCCUCCUCCUCCUCCUCCUCCGCCAUUUUUGCGCCCAGGAUUCAACCCAAUGCAUUUACCACCAGGUUUUCUUCCUCCUGGACCCCCACCUCCUAUAACUCCACCAGUAUCCAUCCCUCCGCCUCACACUCCACCAAUAAGCAUCCCAAACUCUACUAUCGCUGGUAUAAAUGAAGACACUACAAAAGACUUAUCUAUUGGAAAUCCCAUUCCAACAGUGGUGUCUGGGGCUAGAGGAAAUGCCGAGUCUGGUGACAGUGCGAAAAUGUAUGGUUCUGCUGGGCCACCUGCUGCACCCACGAAUCUGCCCACCCCUCCUGUAACCCAGCCUGUGUCACUGCUUGGCACUCAAGGAGUUGCGCCCGGUCCUGUAAUUGGACUCCAGGCACCCUCUACCGGUCUUCUUGGUGCCAGACCUGGCCUGAUCCCACUCCAGCGCCCCCCAGGGAUGCCUCCACCACAUUUGCAACGGUUUCCUAUGAUGCCACCUCGGCCCAUGCCACCUCACAUGCUGCACAGGGGUCCGCCACCGGGACCAGGGGGCUUUGCGAUGCCUCCACCUCAUGGAAUGAAAGGGCCCUUUCCACCACAUGGCCCCUUUGUCAGGCCUGGUGGAAUGCCAGGGCUGGGGGGCCCAGGGCCAGGCCCAGGAGGAUCAGAAGACAGAGAUGGAAGGCAGCAACAACCGCAGCAGCAACAGCAGCAGCCACCGCAGCAGCAGCAGCAGCAGCAGCAGCAGCAGUCACAGUCCCAGCAGCCAGCGCCAUCCCAGCAGCCAGCGCCAGCUCAGCAGCAGCCACAGCAGUUUAGAAAUGAUAACAGGCAGCAGUUCAACUCAGGGCUGAAGAAAAUUCUAAGGAUAAAGGGUCAACUGAAAGGAAGUGCCUACUGAAAAGUUAGCUGCCCGAGGUGGGCAAGAGCCUUUACUACUUGGUGUUCUGCAUGAACCAGAUUCAUCUCCCGAGGGUAACUUGGGAAGACGGCUCCCAUAUGGUAACCAAGCGAUAACCUACAGACUUGAAUACUGACAUCCAUCGCAGAUUUUACACUCAACGAAAUGUUUUAACUGUAAGGGGGGACAAUCAUGGCAAGAAAAUCCGGCUGUUCUAGACUAAAGACUAUUGUAUCCUCCAACUCAGAUCCAGUCUGAUUAAAUGUAACCUGCUUUCUACUGCAUCUCAGCAGACCAGUGUUCUUAGCUGACCUAGGCAAAUUAAUUCUUCACUACCACAUCCAAUAAAAGAACUUUUUUCCUAUUCUGAACUCUCAACAUGUAUGUGAUUCUUUAGAAACUAGUUUAACCACCAUAAAGUCACGGAAAGGUACAUAACUAUGUUAGAAGAAAUCCUACGCAUAUAUCCUUAUAUGAAAACUUACCACCAUUGUACGGCCAAUGAUGGAAUGCUCUCCUAUGAGUGAGAUCACACGGUCUUCAAUGGACACAUUGGCUACACCAUCCUUUCCAGCAGCCACAUUGCCCAGGUCUCCAACAUGUCUAACAUUAAAAGAGCAUCAGGUGAAUGAGCAAAGAUGUCUACUUCACAUCACUAGAGUUCUAUAGCUAAAUUAACAUCUGACUAAGUCAAAUACGUGGAGUGGAUGAAAAGUGCACAUACAUUAUCAACUAUGAUGGCUUUUCCAGACUGUCAAAGGUCUGGGAACACAAAGUUCACACAGGUAGCUAGGAUACCUUGACAGACAGCUCAAAUUUAAGGGUGGUGCUCUGAGAAGAACCACAGGCUGGGACCUUAGCAAAGGAGGUCAGCUCCUGAAUUAGCAAAGGGCUGUUCCCAGGCCUCCAUUCUAAAAACAAGCCAGCCCGACUUUCCUAAGGUUUCACAUACAAAUGGAGUCUCAACUAGUUUUCAUUAUCUGCAUUAGUAUCCUAUUAUACAAUGAUUUACUUUGCUACUGACUGACAGUACUUGUUAUCCAUGAUAUUUGCUGUAUUGGUUCCUUUUGGCACUUGUAUUAGUUCAUCUUCAAUAAAUGCUACAAAAC